GGUGAGCGCAGAUGAUGCUGGACAUCUCCGAGGACGCACACAUUUUUACGCACGACCCCUCGCGGACUUCGCCUUUAUUUUUGCGUCAAAUUAAAGGAAGCGGAUUAAAGUCAUCAAGGUGUGUGAUUGUGUGUUAUGUGUGUGUUGAGAAGCUGUGCGCGGAUUUGUAAUAGUUUUCUCAGAGGACAUGGACCGUGUGURAGUCGCUGCGUUGCGGAGAGGAGCUGUCAUUCACCCACCUGUUGCCAGGGGGUCUCGGACUAAACCCCCUCUCUUACCUCUACUAUGACAUUGGACGAUAUCAUCAUGGAGGAUGUUGUUAUUGACGUUGUGGGUGUCAGAGACAGCGCAGAGGAGCAGCUUUCACCUCUGGAUGAAUGUCGGAGCGAGCAGGGGUCUUCCAGCAGCCAGAGCGCGGAGCAGGACGGCUCUCCGCCGUCUGCGAAAACCAAGAACCCCGCGUCUGUGAAGCCUCCCUACUCCUACAUCGCCCUGAUCACGAUGGCCAUCCUGCAGAGCCCGAAGAAGCGCCUCACCCUCAGCGAGAUCUGCGACUUCAUCAGCCACCGCUUCGUGUAUUACCGGGAGAAGUUCCCGGCCUGGCAGAAUUCGAUCCGGCACAACCUGUCGCUCAAUGACUGCUUCGUCAAGAUGCCCAGAGAGCCCGGGAACCCCGGCAAAGGGAACUACUGGACCCUGGACCCCAACUCGUCCGACAUGUUUGAGAACGGGAGCUUUCUGCGGCGGAGGAAGCGCUUCAAGCGGCAGCAUUUCCGCUUCGACCCGCUGAAGGAGCCGCCGCACCUGGAGCCUCUGCGCGCUUUUACGCACGGAGCGUACGGGCUGGGCGCCGCGGCUCUGCAGCUGCCGGCCCUGGAGCUGUACCCCUUCCUCCACCAGCACCCCCCAUCCCCCACGGUCCCACCUGUCAGCAGCAUCCUACCGGCUCUCUCGUCCUUCUUCUCCCGCGGCGGCCUCACAGCCAAGGCUUUCCUGCAGGCGCAGCCGGGCCUGGACGCCUUCUCCCCGGCUCCCUGUGGCGCCUUCUCCCCCUCUCCUCUCGGCUCUCCUUUCGUCUCCCCCGCGCUUUUCCACCCUGCUCCGCACCUCCUCAGUCUGCAGCAGGAGUACCAGAAGCUCCAGAGCGCGGAGCUGCCCAAACACAUCCACACUAACACCGAACAGUCACACUAAAGCAGACUGUACACUCGUGUUUUCUCAGGUAACACAGACUUUUAAAGAACAAUGGCGCAGUUGCUCCGUGGAUGUUUUUGUUUGUUUGUUUGUUUGUUUGUUUUUUUUCAAGAACGUUUUAUAAAACUUUUUCUUUAAUCGCAACCAUUCAACAGGCGCUUUAAAAACAAUGAACGCGAAUUUUCAUCUUUAAUAUUUAAAAGA